UAUAUAAUUGGCCAAUGGUACCUAAGUACAACAACAUUAAACAUCGAAUCUCUUUUCAGUUGCGAGGCAAAGCAAAGCACAACACAAAAUGGGGAUACUUAGUCCAGAACCGCUCCAAUUCUUCAACUCUCAAGGUUAUCUUGUGAUUGAAUCUUUCGCAAGUAGCGAUGAGAUUGAGUCCAUGAUGCAGAGGAUGGAGCAGUUGGUGGAUGAGUUUGACCCUUCUUCCACCGCCUCUAUUUUCUCCACCAAGAACCAGCAAAAGUUGACUGAUGAUUACUUUUUCGAUAGCGUGGAGAGGAUUUCUUUCUUCUUUGAGGAGAAGGCAUUUGGUGAUGAUGGUAAAUUAAAGCAGCCGAAGCAAUUGUCCCUUAAUAAAGUUGGUCACGCUCUUCAUGAGAUUGAGCCGGCAUUCAAAAAGUUUUCUUCUUCUGAGAAAGUUUCCAGUUUGAUGCACUCCUUAGGUUACAAGAGACCUGUAGUCAUGCAGUCAAUGUAUAUAUUUAAGCAACCAGGCAUUGGGGGUGAAGUAGUGCCACACCAGGAUAACUCGUUUCUUUAUACUGAACCACAAACGUGCACCGGGCUGUGGCUGGCCCUAGAAGAUGCAAACAUAUUAAAUGGUUGCCUUUGGGCAAUUCCUGGAUCUCACAAAAAUGGGCUAGUUAGAAGGUUCUUAAGAGAUAAAGAUGGUGUCAAAUUCGAUCGACCAUCACCAUCUUAUGAUCAAAAGGAUUUUGUUCCUAUUGAAGUAAAAGCUGGGUCAUUGGUUGUCAUCCAUGGGGAUCUUAUACACCAAAGCUUUGAAAACCAGUCUCAAAAAUCAAGACAUGCCUACAGCUUGCAUGUGGUGGAUACAGUUGGCUGCAAAUGGGCACCAGAAAAUUGGAUCAGACGAAAAGUGGAGCCAGAACCACUCUUUGUAAGCUGACCAUCAACCACUUCUUUUUUUUAAUCUGGAAUUUGCAAAUUGAGAAAAACGAUGUAAUGAUGUUUAAUUUGCAAGCUUAAACCGUUGUAAUAAUGUUAAACCAGUUUAUGUACUUGCCACUGCACACUAGAUUCCACCUCUUUGUCUUUGAGAUAUGAAUAAAAAUCAGAAUUUGAUAGUUUUUAUUAUUUA